AUGUCUUCGUACCAACCGUGGGGCCGUUUUAUUCUUAACGAGAUAGGUAUCGAGGAGGCUCGAAUCUGCUGCGGGACUACCAAGACGGGCGUCCCGUGCAAGAACUCCAUCAAAAUCCAAGACAUCAAGGCUGGCCAACAGCAACUGGCAAAUCUUGCAACACGAUCACUCGACUUCUCGACUUUACGACCUAUUUUAUGUGAUAUUGCAAAAAACUUUCUCUGUGCCAGAUGGCACCGGCAGCGACAGGCAAACCACGUUGGCCAGAAGUGGUAUGAGGCCGUGGCUCGCAACGCGGAACAAGCGGGUCACAUCUCCGAGGAUGCUUCUGUCGCAUUUGAUACGGAUGCCAGUCAGAGCCAGCGGCCCACUCUCACGACUCCCUCAGAGUCGGAGAUUCCCCGCAGGGUUACUCGUCAGAACGAGGAGAGACAAAUGCCACCGGGCCGUGACCCCGUUCCUCUCGAGCCAUUAGAAAGGACAGUUCGAUACGUCACGGCAUCGAUGCUGCGCACCGACAGUGUUCCGUGGUGUAUCUCGUCGGCCGAACCAGCCACUCUAUCCGGGUUCAAUAUCGGGGCGGGGAUGCAACAUCUGGAACUGCACAGUCUCACUCGUAGCGACGAGGUGUCUCUUAUACAUUGUCCCUUUUGUCUGGGUGAUGGGGAAGACCAGGCGGAUGAGAGCGUGAUCCUACGUUGCAAAGCGUGCCGGGGAUUAGCUCAUCUAGGCUGCGUGGAGGAGUGGCUGGAGAAGCGCGAGGUGGUAUCUAACGUGUCCUGCUGUACCUGCCGAAGGGACGACGCUCUGGAUGCCCUGCUCCGCUUGCCGAGGACCAUCACGACAAAUCCCGACAUCGAUGUUGAAAACGCGAGAGUACAUGCAUCUCCAGUGGCGGAAGAGACGAAUACCAUCGAAAACCCUCGGCGGGCCGGUUCAGCCCGUCUCCCGGCGCAGUCAGGGUCGUCGCGCCGCAGAUCAACGGUGUCUGACGCGAGACGCAGUGUCCGUCGGUCAGCCCGUCUGGCUAACACCACUCCGCUUCGCCGGUCGUCGCGUCUGAACCGAUCAUAA